AUGGGUGCCGUUGUAUCUUGCAUCACCUCGGUGUUCCGCGCCAUCGGCUCGGCCUUGAUGGCUGUCGUCAACGCCAUCGGUGCCGCCCUCAAGGCCAUCAUCAACGGAAUCGUCGCUGUCUUCGACAUCAUCAUCUCCUGCCUCACUUGCGGCAGAGGUGGAGGCCGACGCCGCAAGACAACAAGUGCGGUCUAG